AUGGAGCCCGACUGCGCAGUCGCGUCGCCGUCCGCGCUCCGCGAGGGCCCUGAGCUGCUGAAGCUUCCAUCGUCGCUGCGCGCGCGCCGACCCUCGCGCAACGCGCCUGUCGCGUCGCCAGGAGCGCGGGCCAACCUGUUCGGCGGCAACCUCAGGAACACGCUCGAGGAGAACGCCCUGAGCACGUACGAGGAGGUGGCUCGCUUCCUCGGGCCCACGACGACGCUGACCCGCGACAGGUCCUCCAGGUCCUCGGCGUACGUGCUCAGCCGCGCGGGAUCGUCGCUGGCCGGCUCCAUCGGAGGCGCCGCGAGCUUCAACGGCGAGCGACCGCGGCUGCGGCGCAGCUCGACGCGCAGCGGCGCGUCUCUGCUCCCAUUCUUCGGUCGCAAGGACAGCGCCGUCUCGGCCGCGAUGAUUCACACGGAUUCGGGUGGGCUCGAGGCCGACGCGAGGCCCGGCACGUCCGGGCUGCGCACGACGAGCCGGCUCAAUGUGGGGACGCUCGACGGCAAGACCGCGGGCUUCUUCAACCACUACCAGGUCAUCAAAACGAUAGGGUCGGGGGCUAGCGGCGACGUGAAGCUGUGCAUGAACUUGUACGAUCAGACCCUGGCGGCGGUGAAACUCGUCGCCAAGACCUCGCGCCGCGGAUCGCUGGGCUCGCGCCCGCCGGACAAGGCCGCGACGCUCAAGCGCGAGGCCGAGGUCCUGACGCAGCUCUGCCACCCCAACAUCGUCAACGUGCACGAGAUCAUCGACGACGACUCCGCGCCGCACCUGCUGUGCGUGAUGGACUACGUCGAGGGUGGCCCCGUCCAGCUCACCCACCAGGAGUACACGCCGUCCGCCGACGGCGUGUUUGCCGAGCAACUGUCCGAACACACCGCGUGGGGGUACUUCGUGCAACUGAUCGACGCGCUGGACUACCUGCACUCUGCGGGCGUGGUCCACGGCGACAUCAAGCCGGACAACCUCCUGCUCGGCGCCGAUGGCAUGGUGCGGCUCGCAGACUUUGGCUCCGCUAUGGUCCUGCGGAAAGACGGCGCGGACACGCUCACGGCGAUCCACGGCCGCACGCCGGCGUUUCUGCCUCCCGAGGCGUGCGACGGCGAGGAGUUCUCGGCGCGAUCCGCGGACGUGUGGGCCGCGGGCGUGACGCUGUACCUGAUGCUGUUCGGGCGGCUUCCGUUCGGGCACCCGAAGCUCGCGCCGUUCGCGAUGUACGCUGCGGUGUCGGAGGGCGCGCUCUCGUUCCCCGCGGAGCCCAGGGUCAGCGACGCGUGCAAGGACCUGCUGAUGGCGGUGCUGGCAAAGGACGCGGCGCGGCGCGCGACGAUUGAGGACGUCGUCUCGCACCCGUGGAUGACGGAGAUCCUCAGCGACAUCAGCAGCCGCCGCGCCGUGUCGUGCGAGGCGGUGGGCGCGCGUGCGAUCGAGCACUGGCAGAGCGGACUGACAACGAGUUACUCCGGGGAGUCGUCGGCACGGACGGAGCAUGCGAGCUUGUCGCGACAGUCUUCUUCGCGGCUGAGAAGGAGCGCGAGCGGGCUGUGCGCGAUCCACGAGAUGCAGGUGGUGCGGGAGCCCUCGCGCGCGAUCCUCAGGCAGCCCUCGUCACCAGUGACGUCGUCGCCGCGGGCGCAAGCGGUGAAGGUCGUGGACGAGAACGCCGGCUCCGGUCCGUACUCCCUAACUGCGUCACAGAGCGUUCACGCAAGGAUGGGCCCCGGCUCGCCGCUGUCGACGCGAUCCCCGCAGGCCAUGGGGGAGUUCAAACACAUUGUGCAAGUCCUGGAGCUGGAGUUUCCUGACGUGGUCCCCAAGCUCGUCCUAGAGGAGGGAGACUUCCUCGUUGGGGAGGGGGACGCCAGCGACAAGAUGUACUUCAUCGUCCACGGCGAAGCAGAGGUCAUCAAGCAGAUUGCGUCGCAGUCGGAGGGCGCAGAGGGCGGCGGCUUGGGCGACAGUCACGGCUCCGGCUGCUCCGCGCGCGUCGACGACGAGAACGACGGCACCGAGGCUGCGCGGGGCAGCGACAAGUCCAGCGACGACUUCGCGCCCAUGAGCGGCAGGGGUAGAGUCGCCGCAGUGUCGCCGACCAGGAACGGGUUCCUCCCGCGGCAGCCCUACGGGAAGGCCAGGGGGCUCGGACGGUACGUCUCCGGCAAGAUCGACAGGCACGUCCUGGAAGAGGACCUCGUGCGCGGAUCCGAUCAGUCGUACGACUCUGAGAAUCCGUCGACGACGCACGGCAGCGGCCUCGAGGCCGAGCGCGCGUCCUGGACGUCGCGGACGUCGCAGAGCCGCGCGUCGUUCCUGAGGCGAGCGCUCGGCGGCGCGUCGCGCCGCCAGGACGACAGCUUCGUCGCCACGCAGCCUGGGCUCGUCCGACGCUCCCGGAGCAGUAUUGAUCUCAAGACCGACGCCAGCAGACCCGAGGGAGCCCGCCCCGACAUGACAUCGCUCGACCGGCGCCGGCUGAGCCACUGGGGCGCCGCGGCGGGCGGGGCGAGAGGCCUGCAGUCGGCCACCAGCUCGUCGCUUUACAAUGGACGUGGAGUCUCGUUCCACGGGGCGCCGUCGCGUCCAGCGCCGUCGCGGUUCAGCCGCGAGACCGACCUUGGCCGCAGCGAGUCGCAGGCGGGCCCGGCGCUCGGGGGCCGCGCGGGGCAGCCGGGGGGGGAGUCGAAAGGGUCCGUGCGCGGCAGUUGGGUUUUCAGGUCUCGGAAGGCGCACGAGGACCUCGAGCACCUCGUCCGCACGGCCGCGGAGAGCUGCGACGCGCUCGGGAGGGCCAUGCGCCACGAGGGCGGGUUCCGCGUCCUCGCGCGGAUCUCGGCGGGCGACGUCGUCGGGGAGAUCGGAUUGCUCGGCAACUCGGUCCGCACGGCGUCGGUGCGCGCUCUGACGCGGCUCGAGGUCCUCGAGGUGAGCCGCAGCGCGCUCGCGACGAUCGCGGCGUCCGCGCCGCUGCUGCAGCACGACCUGAAGCGCGUCGUUGCGCAACGGACGGCAACGAGGCGGAUGAUGGAGGCGUUCGAGCAGCUGGCGGGGCUGCACCAGCGGUUCUCGUCGGAGCAGGGCGGCCGGGCGGCGGAGAGGCCGAAGCUCCAGGCGGUGCCGUCGCUGCGGGCGCUGUCGCGCGUGUUGUCGCGUCGCGCCGUGCUGGACGAGGGCGCGGCGGACGCGGAGGAGAUCGCGGGCGACGGCAGCAGGACCGUGGCGCCGGCCGUGUCGAUGAGCCAGAUGGCGGUGAUUCCCGAGUCGCGGGAGGAGCUGCAAGCCAGAGCGGCCUGA